UGCCCUUUUUCAUUCACCUCCUAAUCUUCCUUCUUCACCUCUCCAAAAACGAAAUCAAAUUUUUGAAAAAUGCGUGAAAUCCUUCACAUCCAAGGUGGUCAGUGUGGCAACCAAAUCGGUGCCAAGUUCUGGGAAGUGGUAUGUGCCGAGCACGGCAUAGACUCCACCGGCCGCUACGAAGGAGACUCAGAUCUGCAACUAGAGAGAAUCAAUGUCUACUACAACGAAGCCAGUUGUGGUAGGUUCGUUCCUCGUGCUGUUCUCAUGGAUUUAGAGCCUGGAACCAUGGAUAGCGUCAGAUCUGGACCUUAUGGUCAGAUUUUCCGGCCAGAUAACUUUGUUUUUGGCCAGUCUGGAGCUGGUAACAACUGGGCUAAAGGCCAUUACACUGAAGGUGCUGAGUUGAUCGAUUCUGUUCUUGAUGUUGUUCGAAAAGAGGCCGAGAACUGUGACUGCUUGCAAG